AUUGCCGGAAAAUUCUAUCACCGGGUGAACCUUUCGAUUAUUAAAAAACAAUGUAAUCAAUCCUAAUCCUCAAAUACAUAUCCAUUAUCUGUUUCGUUAUUUACACAAUUACAUUAUCUAUUAUUAAUUUUCAUUAUUCAAUAGUAAGAUCAAUGCAUUCCCAUCCAGCUAUCUUUUACCUACAAAUGCAGGGUAUCUAAAAAUCGAUAAUUGAAUAGAAUACGACCAUCUUCUUUGGCAACACUUUUAAAAAUACUGGCUCCAUUUUACUACUUUUACGCAUAAGGAAAUCUAGUAGCACUGUAAGGCUGUUAUUCUCGACAAGGAGAGAGAAAGGAAAGGGUCGCGCAAGCGCCUUCGUAAAUUCUAGGAUGCCAGGGUGAAAAUGCACCAUAACAUGGGAGUGUCAGCGGGCGGCCGUCUCAGUAAUCAAAAUCCAAAUAUGCAACCCCAAAAUGGGAUUUGUGACAAGAUUGAAAAUUACAUAUCCGAAUUGGGACAAUGGGCCGUGUGGAGAGCAAUAAUAAUGGGCCAAUUUCUGUCUAUAGUACUUUGCUUUAUGACACUCUUUAAUCAUCACAUUAACACGGGAUACGGAUUUUCAUUGCCAACAGGACAAAACUUACCACAUUAUGUGAUGAUGUGUUUGGUCUACACGUCUUGGCUUUCUUGUCGAGGCGUAGGAAAUGGUUUAAUCUCUGUAAUUAAAGCUCGAGGUUGGAGAUAUUUGUUAUUAGCCCUCAUUGACGUCGAAGCAAAUACAUUGCUCACAUCAUCGCAUCGAUAUACUAGUCUUGCCAGCAUACAGAUACUGGAUUGCGUGGCAAUACCCGUGGCUUUAGCUCUAUCGUGCUUAGUACUUGGUGUAAGAUACAGAAUGGUACACAUUGUUGGGGUAUGUGUUUGUCUAAUGGGUGUCGGAUGUCUAGUUUGGGCAGGAAUUGAUGAUCACAAGGAUCCAUCAUCGAGCGGUAAAAAUCAACUCGUUGGCGAUAUGCUAUGCUUGGGUGGUGCCGUCUUAUUUUCGGUGGUUACUGUACUACAAGAACUUGCUGUUAAAACUGUAGAUAUUAUCGAAUACUUGGGAAUGAUCGGUUUCUUCGGUAUGAUCAUCAGCUGUUUGCAAACAGUUAUCCUAGAAAAGCAAAUGGAAUCUUUUCAAUGGGAGUCCGCACCGGUUAUACCGUUUCUGGUGGUUUACUGUAUCACGCAAUUUGUUUUUUUCUCCCUUGUGCCUGUUAUAUUAUUUGAAUCCGGCGCUACGGCUUUACAAUUAGCACUUUUGACUGCAGACUUUUUUAACAUUCUUUUUGGAAUGUUAAUACACCAGUACAAGUUCAAUACUCUAUAUUUUCUUUCCUAUACUCUCACAAUGACGGGUAUUUAUAUUUACGCAAUAAAAAGAACGCCAAUGUCCUCGAAUUCGCGAAGACAGCAUAUUGAACCACCAGCACCUGACUACAGUGACAUCGUUUUAAGACACAUGCCCCACCCUGAUGUCGGUGAGGUAGAAAUGGCUACUAGUUCAGGAAUGUCGGCAGUUAGUGGUACACUUGAUAUAAGAGCGUCCACACUUGGCAGUGAAAGAGAAACUGUCGAUGCUACGAGUUUACCAUUGAGCGUUAGUUCUGAUACGGCCUUUACAUCUUUCUACGGUAGUCAAGCAAAUCUGAAGACUGUUAAUGGGAACAGCGGAGCUACCUGUUAAUAGGGGAAAAAUAACUGCCUAGGUAAAGAAGUCAUAAAACAUUUUAUAAACUCAACACUCGUUCACGCACAUUAUGGAAGACUUAACCGAGAUAAGUAAUUGAUAGGAGGAUUAAUAUCAACAAUAAUUACGGUUAAUGAUACAAGCCAAAUCUUAAAGUAAUUCAAUACACCGAUCGUUAUAGCAGGUCCAACACCACGUUACAGGUAUAUUAAUACUUUUUAAACGGAACUACUAUUUGUCCGUACUAUCGUUUUUUUAUAUAAAAUACAAGUAAAAAAUCUACAUUCGGGGGAAAAAGAAAUGUGCCAAAUUUCAAAAGUCUUUUACCGCUAAUUAAUACAUUCGUAAGAAUUAAUAUGAUAAGGAGAUCUAUAAUUAACUGUAUACUUGCAAAACUCGUUCGAUACAUAUUCUUUUCACGUACAUAAUAUCUAUGUAAUAUAAUUCAACGAAUCGUUACACUUAAUUAUAAUUAGAAUCUGUUGAAAAUGUCUUACAGUAUUGCGACUCAGUAUUCUAUUGUUUAUUAUAAUUAUUAACGUGUAUAAUAGUUUAUGUAAUGUUAAUCUUAGCCUAUUGUUUACAUAGUGUAUCCGUCAUUAUGUACUCAAACAUCAUAUUGCUCAAUGUAAUUUGUAAUUUGUAUUAUUAUUUUUGUAUCUAUUAUUGUUUCACCUAAUUUUAUGU